UUUCGGUUACUGGAGGCUGCCAUUACCAAAUUUUUACAAAACCUUUUCGAAUAAACUCUCUUUUUCUCAAAAAGUAAAGAUAUGUCUCUCUUAGGAGUCAUGGACCCAAUUAGCGGAUCGAUCGAAGAUUACAAAAACGUGCCGAAGCAAGCAUAUUUCAGUCCAUACGCCAUGAACGGAGGAACUGUGGUUGCUAUCGCUGGUGAUGACUUCUCAGUAAUUGCAUCUGACACGAGGCUGAGUGAAGGCUUCUCCAUCCAUUCCAGAGAGACUCCAAAAGGUUAUGAAUUAACCAACACCACAGUGCUGGGAAGCUGUGGUUUCCACGGAGACGUACUAACACUCACAAGGAUCAUCGAAGCCAGGUUAAAGAUGUACGAACAUGAACACCAUCGCAAGAUGUCCACUGUUGCCAUUGCAGCCAUGUUGUCCACAAUGUUGUACUACAAGCGAUUCUUUCCGUAUUAUACCUAUAACAUUGUAGCUGGUCUUGAUGAUGAAGGAAAAGGUUGUGUGUUCAGUUUUGACCCGGUUGGUUCUUACGAAAGGGAAUUUUAUAGGGCUGGUGGAUCUGCCUCCUCUAUGUUACAACCUCUCUUAGAUAACCAGAUUGGAUACAAGAAUCAAACUGGUGUUGAAAAGGUUCCACUGACCAAGGAAAAAGCUGCAAGUGUGAUCAAAGAUGGAUUCAUAUCGGCUGCAGAGAGAGAUAUCUAUACUGGUGAUGGUGUUGUCAUUCACACUAUCACUAAAGAAGGCGUAACGACCGAAUCAUUCCCAUUGAGGAGAGAUUAACCUGACAAUGUUUUGUGAACUUGAAAGAUAUUGGAUUCAACAUACAAAGGAUAUUGAGAUGGCCAUUGAGGCAACAUUUCAUAGUGGGUCGAUUUUCCUCCUGAUAUCUGACAUUUGUCAGAGGAAUAGAUAGGUGGUACUGUUGGAGGUUAUCUCAUCCUGUUCAUGUGCUUGAAUGAAAAUGUGCUGAAAACUCCUCAGAGUGACACUGACUGGAUUUCUGUGUUGGUAAAUCAGUGGGGGGAGAUUGGUCUUAAGUCAGGUACAUGUACCACUGAUGUGCAUGGUCUUCUGUAAAUAUGUGUGUAAAGAAAUAAACAACUUUCUUUGUA